AUGGCGGGCGCUAAGACUAUUGGAGUUGGCGUAGGGGAGGCAGGCGUGGUGGCAGGAACAGUAUCGUGUGCCCUGUUUGAACUGGGGGCAGCGGAGCUGGGGGCAGCAGAGCUGGGGGCAGCAGAGCUCGGGGCAGCAGAGCUGGGGGCAGCAUUGCUGGGAGGGGAAGAGCUUGGAGCAGCAGAACUAGGGGCAGCGGAGCUUGGGGCAGCAGAGCUCGGGGCGGCAGAGCUUGGGGCAGCGGAGCUUGGAGCGGCAGAGCUUGGGGCGGCAGAGCUUGGGGCGGCAGAGCUUGGAGCGGCAGAGCUUGGAGCGGCAGAGCUUGGGGCGGCAGAGCUGGGAGGGGGAAGGGAUCCGAUGCUGUCGCCAUAG